CAAGAGAGCAAACCAGACUCGUGAUUCCAAUGGUGGCUUGGUGCUUAUUCGCCACUCUGACACUGUGAGCUACUUUUCUCGUUCCUCACUUCUGUAACCUCCAGGUACAAUGUACAGCAGGAUUCGCUGGGUUGCGAAGACGAGUUUCUCCAGCACAAGCGUCGCGAGGCUCGUGUCUUCACGCGCUUCAACGGAUACAUCAUCCGUAUCGCAUCGAAAUGUCUUGAAGGAGAUACUGAGAAAGAGCGGUUCACGAUGCAGCGUUCUUUCUCUGCUUCAGGAACGCGUCGACUCGGGCAACGCCGUCACGUUAUCGGAGCUCCGAUUCAUCUCCAAGCGCCUCAUUAGAUCUAAUCGCUACGAUCUCGCACUCCAGAUGAUGGAGUGGAUGGAGACUCAAAAGGAUAUUCAAUUAAGUGCCUAUGACACUGCUCUUAGAUUGGAUUUAAUCAUCAAAAACCAUGGCUUGACAGACGCAGAGGAGUUUUUCGAGCAGCUGCUACAAAGCUCUGGCUCGCUGAGAGUAGCAAAAUCAGCUUAUCUUCCUCUUCUUCGUGGUUAUGUUAAGGAGAAACUGGUUAAGGAAGCGGAAGCUCUCAUGGAGAAGUUGAACGGAUUGGGUUUUCUUGUCACUCCACACCCAUUUAACGAGAUGAUGAAGCUUUAUGAAACCACUUACCAAUAUGAGAAAGUAGCCAUGGUCAUUUCGAUGAUGAAAGAGAACAAGAUACCAAGAAAUGUUCUCUCAUACAAUCUCUGGAUGAACGCAAGCUGCGAAAUUUCAGGGGUUGUAGCUGUGGAAGCGGUUUACAGAGAGAUGACUGGUGAUAAGAGUGUCGAAGUUGGCUGGUCCUCGUUGUGUACUCUAGCAAAUGUCUAUAUUAAGGCUGGUUUUGAUGACAAGGCCAAGCUGGUGCUUGAGAGCGCAGAGAAGAAGUUGAAUAGAAGCAAUAGGCUCGGAUAUUUCUUCCUCAUCACACUUCAUGCUUCUUUAGGAGACAAGGAGGGAGUUGUUCGUUUGUGGGAAGCUUCUAAAUCGGUUUCUGGCAGGAUUACUUGUGCAAACUACAUAUGCGUAUUGUCAUCACUGGUGAAAAUUGGUGAUCUUGCAGAGGCUGAGAGGGUAUUUGAAGAGUGGGAGGACAAUUGCUGUAACUACGAUGUUAGGGUCUCCAAUGUUCUUUUGGGUGCUUACGCACGUAAUGGACAGAUCAGCAAAGCAAAGGCAUUGCACAACCGUGUGUUGGAGAGAGGAGGUAAUCCAAACUACAAGACUUGGGAGAUUUUGAUGGAGGGAUGGGUGAAAUGUCAAAGUAUGGAGAAAGCCAUUGAUGCUAUGCACCGAGCAUUUGAACUAAUGAAACGUUGUCAUUGGAGACCGUCCCAAAACAUGGUCAUGGCGAUUGCCGAGUACUUUGAGAAGGAGGAGAAAAUAGAGGAAGCAAACACGUAUGUUAGAGAUUUACAUCGACUUGGUCUUGCAAGCUUACCGUUAUACAGAUUAUUACUUAGAAUGCAUGAAUAUGCACAGAGGCCAGCUUUUCACAUCUAUGAAAUGAUGAAGUUGGACAAAAUUCUAAUGGUUGAGAAAAGUUAAGUGAAAUCUU